GCUUCUUCUUUGGUGUCUCCACAUGCCCCUCUUAAAGACACUGCCUUUCUGAGAUUUUUUGUAUUUACUUUCAUUAAAGAAAGAGCAAAGGUUUUUGGACUGUUAAGAACUUACGAAAAGCCCAAAAGUACUUUUCUUAUAGGGUUUUGUUUUUUCUGGUUAAAUUUCUUCUGGGUCCCGUGAUUUAUCGCAGCUUGGCUUGUAAAUUUGAUGACCCACUUCUAGUUUUUGUUCAUGGGUUUUCUGUAGCUGGUUGUUCUGUGAGCUCCGUGAAGAAGCAAUGUGGAAAAGGUAAUGCCUUUACAGUCCCAUUUGUAAUUUUUCAGCAGUUUCAGAUUCUGGGUUUUGCUUCAAGGAUUGAAUCUUUUUAUUGGGAUAGUUUUUACAGAGCCACAUUGUGCUAAAAAUGGAAUCCUUUGGUAGUAAAAUUUGUUAGGUCUCUAAUAGCGACUCAGUUUUUGCUGCUUAUUGUGUGAUUUACUGCUUUGAGCUGUGUAGUAUGAAGUUGGUAAAAUGACUUUUGUUGUUCCUUGAGGAGGAGAAUCUGGUCCUUUGAAGCUCUUCAAAGUUCAAAGGUUUGGCCUUUUUGUUAGGGAAAAAAGGGUUAUUGAUGAACGUUUGGGGGUUCUGGAUGCAUGUUUGAUUCCAACUGUGGUUGGAACAAGUCCGAAUAUUAGUUGAGUUUCUUUCACUCUGUGGAUUUGAGAGCUCAAAAGCCUCCACUUCUUCCCAACAUUGAGAGCUAUUUCUCGUUAUAUUCGAAAUCGAAAGUGCGGGUUCUGUGUUGUGCUGUAGUUGGUGUUGGAAUAUUGGUUUGGUUUUCUUGCUUGAAUUUGUUGGCUGUAGAGGCGUAAGGUUUACUGCUUGUUCUAACGUUGAGCUUUUAUUUCAACUGGGUGAAGUCAUUAAUAUAGAGAAAGUAUGCUCCGUCGGCUUUUUGUGGUGUCCCUUCUGUUUAUUUCUGCCAUGGGGCAGCUCCCUUCGCAGGAUAUUUUGGCGCUGCUCGAGUUCAAGAAGGGUGUCAAGCAUGACCCCACUGGCUAUGUCCUUAAUUCUUGGAAUGAUGAGUCCAUUGACUUUGAUGGUUGCCCAUCUUCUUGGAACGGUGUUGUGUGUAAUGGCGGAAAUGUUGCUGGGGUUGUUCUUGAUAAUUUGAGUCUCUCUGCGGAUGUGGACUUGAGUGUGUUUGCGAAUCUAACGAAGCUUGUGAGACUUUCCAUGGCCAACAACUCGAUAAUGGGAAAGUUUCCCGACAACAUAGCUGACUUCAAAAGCCUUGAGUUCCUUGACCUGUCCAACAAUUUAUUUUCUUCACCUUUACCACCUGGGAUUGGUAGGUUAGGGAGCUUGAGGAAUCUCUCACUAGGUGGCAACAACUUCUCGGGUUCUAUUCCAGAUUCAAUUUCAGGGCUUUCCUCAGUCCAGUUAUUGGACUUGAGUCGAAACUCCUUGUCCGGGCCCCUGCCGGCAUCAUUGACAGAGCUGCCUAAACUGGUACAUCUAAAUUUGUCUUUAAAUGGCUUUACCAAGAAAAUACCUAAGGGGUUUGAGUUAAUUUCAAGUCUCGAUGUGCUUGACUUGCAUGGGAACAUGCUCGAUGGGCAUAUCAAUCUGGAGUUUUUGAUGCUAUCUGAGGUCACUCAUGUUGAUUUGAGUGGCAAUAUGUUUGUUAGUUCCAGUUCACAACAGCAGAAGUUUCUACCCCGCCUUUCUGAGACUAUUAAGUACUUGAAUCUUAGCCACAACCAGCUCACUGGGUCACUGGUAAGCGGUGGUGAGCUACAGAUGUUUGAAAACCUGAAGGUGUUGGAUCUCAGCUACAACCAGCUGUCAGGGGAUUUGCCAGGCUUUAAUUUUGCCUAUGAUCUCCAAGUACUCAAACUCAGCAACAACAGAUUUACCGGAGAUAUUCCUAAUGGUCUAUUAAAAGGAGAUUCUCUUGUUGUAACUGAACUAGAUUUGAGUGGCAACAAUCUCACAGGACCAAUAGAUAUGAUCACAUCGACCAAUCUGCGCUUCCUCAAUCUGUCCUCAAAUGGGCUUACUGGUGAGUUACCGUUGCUGACUGGAAGUUGUGCUGUACUUGAUCUAUCGAAUAACAAAUUCGAAGGAAACUUAACCAGGAUGGUGAAAUGGGGAAACAUAGAAUAUCUCGAUCUGAGUCAAAAUCAUUUUACAGGACCCAUCCCUGAUGUAACCCCACAGUUUUUGCGUUUAAAUUAUCUUAACCUCUCCCAUAACACUCUUAGUAGUUCUAUAGCAAGUGUUAUAACACAAUAUCCAAAGAUUAGUGUCCUUGAUCUCAGUUCCAAUCAGCUUGAUGGAACGGUUCUAGCUGAAUUGCUAACAAUGCCCACUUUGCAAGAACUGCACCUUCGUGAUAAUUUACUCACCGGCUCGAUUAACAUCUCAUCUCCUUUGCCCAGUGAGUCAAAUCUUCAAGUUGUUGAUCUUUCCCAGAACCAUCUUAGUGGCUAUUUUCCUGAUCAUUUUGGUUCAUUGAAGGGGCUUAAAAUGUUCAAUAUUGCUAGAAAUAAUUUUUCUGGCUCUCUUCCAACUUCUGUCACCAACAUCAGCACUUUAAGCUCAUUAGACAUUUCCCAAAAUCAUUUUACAGGUCCUUUGCCAAACAACUUGCCUACUAGUCUUGAAAGCUUUAAUGCCUCAUACAAUGAUCUUUCUGGGAAUGUCCCGGAAAAUCUGAGAAAGUUUCCAAAAUCUUCCUUCUAUCCAGGGAAUGCACGUUUGCUUUUUCCAAAUGGUCCUCCGGGAUCAAACAGUUCUGGAAAUGAAAAUUCAAAGAGGAGACCAAUCAGUACAAUGGUCAAGGUAAUCAUUAUAGUUUCAUGUGUGGUAGCUGUCUUCAUUCUUCUUCUGCUUGCUAUCUUCGUACACUACAUCCGCAUGUCAAGAAGAAUCCCAUCAGAGCAUACCACAAGCAAAGACAUCCACAGUCGCACUCAACCAAACCAAUCUGGUGUUCGUGGAACAGGCACUGGUGGUGCUUUGGUCGUUUCAACUGCGGAUCUCAUGGCUUCACAAAAAGGAUCAUCAUCCGAAAUUGUCAGCCCCGAUAAAAAAGUUGCAGCUGUAGCUGGUUUCUCCCCUUCAAAGCACAGCCAUUUCUCUUGGUCCCCAGACUCUGGAGAGUCAGUCACUACUGAAAACCUUGCAAGACUGGAUGUGAGGUCACCGGAUAAAUUGGUUGGUGAGCUGCAUUUUCUUGAUGAUACAAUUGCAUUAACCCCGGAGGAGCUGUCAAGGGCACCUGCUGAAGUUCUAGGAAGAAGUAGCCAUGGGACUUCUUACAGGGCAACACUUGAUAAUGGGUUGUUCUUGACGGUUAAGUGGUUGAGAGAAGGGGUGGCGAAACAGAAAAAGGAGUUUGCCAAGGAGGCUAAAAAGUUUGCGAACAUGAGGCAUCCAAAUGUUGUAGGUUUGAGAGGGUACUACUGGGGCCCCACACAGCAUGAGAAGCUCAUUCUUUCCGAUUAUAUCUCACCGGGAAGUCUUGCAAGCUUUCUUUACGAUCGACCAGGAAGAAAAGAUCCACCAUUGACCUGGGCCCAAAGGCUCAAAAUUGCAGUUGACGUUGCACGUGGCCUGAACUAUCUCCAUUUUGACCGUGCUGUUCCACACGGUAACCUCAAAGCAUCAAAUAUUUUGUUGGACGGGCCAGACCUGAAUGCCCGUGUUGCUGAUUACUGCCUCCACCGCCUCAUGACACAAGCUGGCACCAUCGAACAGAUUCUCGAUGCUGGUGUCUUGGGUUACCGUGCACCAGAGUUGGCUGCUUCCAAGAAGCCUCUUCCCUCCUUCAAGUCAGAUAUUUACGCCUUUGGAGUGAUAAUGCUGGAACUCCUAACUGGAAGGUGUGCGGGCGAUGUGAUUUCAGGUGAAGGAAAUGUUGAUUUGACAGAUUGGGUUCAGCUGAGGGUAGCAGAAGGGCGCGGCUCUGAAUGUUUUGACGCUGCAUUGGUGCCGGAAAUGGGAGUGCCAGCAGCAGAGAAGGGAACGAAGGAGGUCCUUGGAAUAGCGUUACGAUGUUUAAGAACUGUUGGGAGAAGGCCAGGUAUUAAGAACAUAUAUGAGGAUCUCUCCUCCAUAUAGUUUUAAGUUAGGGGUUGAUUUAGCUUAUUUGAACUUGUUCCUUUUUGUGGGAGGGGAAGUUUAAUAUCUCAUUGGCCUCCCUUUUUGUAUCUCGUUUGGUUUUUCUAGUGUGAUCAGCUGAUUGAAUUAACCAUUGUGGAAAAUUGGAAACGGACUAGAUUUCAAGGGAUGCACUUUUUUGUUUA